AUGUUCGGGCACCACCACCACCACGGCCACGGCGGGCACCAGGCCCCGCCGCCGCCGCCCCAUGAGCAGACGCUGUACAGGAUCUUCUGCCGCGCCGACGAGGCGUACUGCCUCACCGUGCGCAACGACGCCGUCGUCCUCGCGCCCACCAAUCCUCGCGACGAAUCCCAGGCAUGCUAUUGCUUUCUCUCUCUGUCAUCGACCGAGAUCAAUCUUGUUGUGGUCAUGGACAUGGAUCCGCACUGGUACAAGGACAUGAGGCACAGCACCAAGGUGAAGGACGCGGAGGGCCAGCCGGCGUUCGCGCUCGUCAACAGGGCCACCGGCCUCGCCAUCAAGCACUCGCUCGGGCAGUCCCAUCCUGUGAAGCUGGUGCCCUACAACCCGGAGUACCUGGACGAGUCGGUGCUGUGGACGGAGAGCCACGACGUGGGCAAGGGCUUCCGCUGCAUCCGCAUGGUCAACAACAUCCACCUCAACUUCGACGCCUUCCACGGCGACAAGGACCACGGCGGCGUGCACGACGGCACCACCGUCGUGCUCUGGGAGUGGGCCAAGGGCCCCAACCAGAGCUGGAAGGUGCUGCCCUGGGGCGACGAGGCCUACGCGCCGCGCCCACCAGGGCCGGAGCCAGGCUACGGCGGGUACCGCCCCCCGCCGGGCGGCCCAGCUGCCGGGGGCUACGCGCCGUCCCCGCCAGGGCCGUACCCACCGCCUGCCCAGCCGGAGCCAGGCUACGGCGGUUACCGCCCCCCGUCGGGCGGCCCAGCUGGGGGCUACGCGCCGCCACCGCCUGUGCAGGAGCCUGGCUACGGCGGCUACCCGCCGGCUCCGGGCAACCCCGCCCCGGGGUACGGGCCCCCCGGGUACGGCAACCUGCCUCGCGCGCUCGCGUCUGAGCCCACCGUGCGCGUCUUCUGCAAGGCCGGCGACGGGUACAACCUGACUGUCAGGAACGGCACCGUGUGCCUGGCACCAACCAACCCCAGGGACGAGUUCCAGCACUGGGUGAAGGACAUGAGGCACAGCACUCGCAUCAAGGACGAGGAAGGGUACCCGGCGUUCGCGCUGGUGAACAAGGUCACCGGCGAAGCCAUCAAGCACUCCCUGGGACAGAGCCACCCGGUUCGCCUGGUGCCCUACAACCCUGAGUACGUGGACGAGUCGGUGCUGUGGACUGAGAGCCGCGACGUCGGCCACGGCUUCCGCUGCGUGCGCAUGGUGAACAACAUCUACCUCAACUUCGACGCCUUCCACGGCGACAAGGACCACGGCGGCGUCCACGACGGCACCACCGUCGUCCUCUGGGAGUGGGCCAAGGGCGACAACCAGCGCUGGAAGAUCCUGCCCUGGUCAUAUACGACAGCACAUCCGUCCUCGGAUGCUCCGAUCCGUUGGCAGUUUAUGUCCUCGGAUGCUCCGAUCCGUGUCCUCGGAUGCUCCGAUCCGUUGGCAGUUUAUGUCCUCGGAUGCUCCGAUCUGUAUAUUGACUAG